ACAACACAAAAAUUACCAAUAGAACAUGUUCUUUGAUUUCAAAAAUUAAAAUAAUUAAAUUUACAUAUUGGUAUUGUAUCUUGAAAUGGCUGCAAGCUUUUGCGGAAAACGUUUAUUAUUAACAAAAAAUUCAAUCUUCACUUCUUUAAGGAAACAGCAUGGAUUUAUUGUAUUAGUUCCUGAAAUUGGUGAAGAUUUACCAGAAAAGAAUCCGCUCAUUGAUCACGAUGGAUUACCCGAAUUUAAUAACAUUACAAUUGAAUACUGCACAGCGGCAAUAGCCAAGCAAACCUUAGAAUUUGAGGCUGGUGUUAAGGGUAUUGAAAAGAAAAUUGAGAAGGAUGUCUGCAAAAACGUCUUGACAGAUGUUAUUAAACCUCUGGAAGAACUUGGAGCAUCAUUAGAUUUGACAUGGGGUCUAUCAAAAACUUUAUAUUUAGGUAAUAGCACUAAAAUGCCUACAAAAAAUUAUUUAUCAAUUCAUGAUAGGGCCAGGCGGGCUAGAUCAACAAAAUAUAACAGUGCCCCUAUUUACAAUGUUUUAAAGACUGAACUGAUGAAAGAAAAUGCUAACCAUUCAAAAGAAGACCAAAGACUGUUGCAGAAAUUUGUCUUGGAGGGUAGAUUGAAUGGAAUGGAGUUGGACAGUGAAAAAAAGGAACUCCUCCAUCAGUGCUUAAAGAAAAUAACUAUUGAAAAAGCAAAUUUCAGAGAAAAAACGCAAAUUUCCACUAAACAGUUUUCACAAACAAUUGAUGAUAGUAAAAUCGUCAGAGACUUUCCAGCAGAUGUUUUAAAAGCAACUGCACUGGACCCAAACAAUUAUUUAAGGGGUCCUUGGAAAUUAUCAUUACAGCCCAAUGUAUAUUUACCUGUAAUGGAACAUUGUCCUGUUAGAGAAAUCCGUUGGAAUAUGUGGCAAGCCAUGGUUAGCCGAGGUUCAUCUUACAGAGACAAGGAACUUACAACUAGUCUUAACUUAGAAGAAAUUAGAUUCAUCAGAAGAGAUAUCGCUAAGAUUUUAGGCUAUGAAACUUAUGUAGAUAUGUCUAUGGAAACUAAAAUGGCCGGCAGUGCAAGCUCAGUUCAAAAUAUGAUAAAGGGGUUGUUACAAUAUGCUUUACCUGCUCAGGAAAUAGAAUUGAAUACUCUCCAUGAGUUUGCAGUGGAGCGUGGUUUUAAAGAAGAGAGAUUACAACUUUGGGACGUACCAUACUGGAGAAGAAAGCAGAAAAAAACUUUGUAUAAUUUUGAUGAAGAUAAUAUCAAAGAGUAUUUCCCCUUACCAAAGGUACUGGAGGGCCUUUUUGAUCUUUGUGAGAAAUUAUUUAACAUUUCUAUUAAACAAAGAAGCAAUGUGUCUACAUGGUACAAAGAUGUUAAAUAUUAUGAUGUGUUUGAGCCACAUAGUAGUGCCCCAAUUGCUGGAUUCUACUUGGAUCCUUAUGCAAGGGCUCAGGAAAAAAUUAGAACCCAAAAUGCUGGAUGGAUGGUAGGAAUACAAAAUAAAAGUAGAGUAGCAGAAACAACCCCACUAGCUGCUCUAAUUUUUAAUUUUGAACCUCCUACUGCGGAACAUCAAUCUCAUUUAACAUUUCCAGAAGUAAAAGCACUGUUUCAAAGAUUCGGUCAUCUAUUGAUGCAUGUUUUAACAAGGACCAGUUAUUCAGAACUAGCAGGAUUGUCAAAUGUUGAAUGGGAUGCUGUGGAAGUUAGUGGUCAUGUAUUGACACAUUGGUUACAAAAUAAGGAAGUUAUAAGGAGUAUAAGUUGCCAUAGAGAUAGUGAAGAUAAAUUGCCAGAUAACUUAUUUGAAGUGCUUAAUAAUGUUCACAAACACAUGGCUGGCUUAGAUUUAUGUAGGGAGUUGUACCUCUCAGCAUUGGAUUUGGAGCUUCAUUCAACUAAGGACUUCUGGUUAGACAUAGUAAAGAAAUUAUGGCCACAAUAUAGACUGUUUCCAUUGGAUAAGUAUGAUUCUCAUCCUUGUUCUUUCACUCAGAUCUUUUCAGAUGAAUGGGGUGCAGCAUACUAUUCACAUUUGUGGUCAAGAAUGAUUGCUGCUGAUGUAUACAGUGCUUUCCAUGAAGUUCAAAAUGAUGAACAAAAAGUAGUAGAUGUUGGUAAAAGAUUUAGGGAUACAUUUUUAUCUCUAGGUGGUAGUUCUCAUCCUAGUCAAACAUUUAGAAAUUUCAGAGGAAGAGAUCCAUCACUCAAAGCGUUGAUAAAUUCUUUAGGUUUAAAAAAUAAAAAUCCAUAGUAUUUAAAUGUAUAUAAUAAUUGUAGGUGCUAAUAAAUUAUAAUUGUUGUUAAA